AUGUCGAAGCUCACCCACACCAAGGUCAAUCAUGCCGCCGGCAUCUUCGCUGACAUGUCUGUUGACGGUCCCCCUAUUGGUACUCUGGUCGCGAUCAUCGACCGAGCCAAGAACCUUCCGAAUCGCAAAACCAUGGGGAAGCAGAAUCCUUACUGUGCAGCACGACUCGGCAAAGAAGCAAAGAAAACCCCAACCGAUCUGCGCGGAGGACAAACACCGCGAUGGGACCACGAACUGCGCUUUACUGUACACGAGUCUCCCGACUACUACAAGCUGAAGGUGUCUGUCUUCAAUGACGAUAAGAAGACCGACCUCAUUGGGGAAACUUGGGUUGACUUGCAGAACUUGAUUAUCCCCGGAGGAAGUCAGAACGAUCACUGGCACUCACUGCAGUGCCGAGGAAAAUACUCAGGGGAUAUUCGAAUCGAGAUGACCUAUUAUGAUACUCGGCAACAAGACGAAGCUGUUAUUGAGCGACGCAAGGAAGCAGCAGAGAGGGCCCAAGGCAAAGCCCCGACUACGUCGAGCUCUGGCCUCUCUGGUCCCCGUCAAUUGAAUCAAGUCAAGAGACGUCCGCUACCAACAGAUCCCUCGGGAGUGACUCCUCCACGACCUUUGCCUAUGGAGAAGCCCCAGUCCGCUCCUCUGUUGCACCACCCGAUGCCAUCGCGACCGUCUGUGCGUGAACCCGCCCAAGCCGUGCCUCGGACAGAUGUUCCAGUCUCACACCCUCCACACCCACGACACUCCGAAUCUGUUUACGAUGCUCCGUCCUACGAACCCCAGCAUCCCAGCAUGCAUUCUCGUGCAGGUUACGAUCUCCAUGAUAGCUAUCAACGAGAAUGGGAUACUACUGCUCCCGCUAUGCCUCCGGCAGCGCCGAUGCGACGACCCACGCACGAAACGCCAUAUUCUGAGUCGCCUUACGAUUCACGACCACUUCAACCCCGCAGUCACUCGGACUACGACCAUCCUCCGCGGGACUAUCAGUCAACCAGCGAACCCCCGUUCGAGGCUGACAUGCGCGGACGGACUGUGUAUGAAGAACAGGCCCAUCCGCAUGAUGCCUACAGUCUCGUAUCUCCACAGUAUCCAGCGAACCCGAUGACCUUUGGGCAUGUGUCGACUUACACUCCCCGGCAUGCUGCUCCCAUGGAUGAGCCGGCACCACUCGAAUAUUCCCGUCCCAGCUCUUCCUCGGGGCCUGGGGACGAUUGUCGAUACCAAUCGCACAACACCAGAGCUUUGCAACCUGUGCGUCGCCGCGAUGACUAUCAUCCGGAGUAUGCAACCAUGCAGCCUCGUGUGGAGGAUGAGGAUGAGGACGGGCCUCCUCCCCCACCCCCUGUCCACCGGUCUCGUAUGGCACAGCCUGCCCCAUCUCAGCAAUUUGUCAGUCAGUCUAACUCGCCUUACAAGCCUUAUACCCCCGGGGCGUCCCCCAACGCUUCGCAUAUGCCGGCCAGUCUGGUCGCAGGCUAUGAAAGCGAGGAUGCCAUCGAGCGGCAAACGUUUGGGGACCGUUUCCGCAGGCCUAGCAAUCAUGUCGACGACGAGAUGAUGAUCACUCCGAGUACACAGCCUUCGCCAGCCUCUGUCCAUUCCAACUCGCGGGCUCCUUCGCCCUAUGAGUCACCGAUUCAUCCUCUCCGAACCUCUCCUAAACCAUUGGAUGACCGUGCUAGCAUUGCAAGCCGGGGAUCCGCCAAUACGGAAACACGUAUGGUUGUUACACGCAAAUCAGUGAGCCCGCGACCUUCGUCUUCUGAUUCGCGCGGAGGGUCCUCCAUCCCGUUUUCCCCUGACUCUUACAACUCCCUCAAUCCUAACGCCUCGCGCUCGGCCACCAGCCGUGACCCGACGCCGGCCUACGACUCCCCAUCGCAGGCUCGGGAUGCCGCAAUGCGAGCAGAGAUUGAGCCUGUUCGAGACUUGAGUCAGCCCAUCAUCGGUGAUGAUGGGCGAGAGAUUGAUCCCUCUGAUCAUCUGCCCACGGAUACCUGGGCACCCGAACCCGAGCGAAAGAGUCGGAAACCAGAGGUGAUCAUUCGCUUCAAGCACUCUCCCCGUGAUAGACCUACAUCACGAGGAAACGAUACCGCUGCCGUUGCCCGCAGCGGUGGCCCUCCUCGCGUCGGAUUCCGCACUGAACCGACCACCUCCAAUGUUGAUCGUCCGGCAAAGAGAUACACCCCUACCCAUGUGCACAGUUCCGAGUCUUUGGACCGGACGCCUCCCCGGGGUGGUGGCCAGGAUAACUACGCUAGCUAUUCUCACGGUCGAGGGUUCACGACCCCAACCUCGGCGGACCGACCGCGCUCCUCCCAUCGGGGCUCUGUCUCCCCCUCUCCUGGCUCCCGCUCGCCGCUGUACGACUACAGCCCAGGUCCCCCUAUCCCUUCCAAAGUGCCAAUCUCCUCGGGAUCCCCGUCCUAUCCUGUGUCUCCUAGCGCCCCAAACAGCGGCAACCCCGGAAUGGACGCUCUGAGCCGUGAAUUGAAGACGAUCGAUAUCGGAUCGGUCGGGUGCAGUCCAAGCCGGGUUGUUCGCAAGUACGCACCCCCUCGCCCGUCGGCUUCGAUCGGUUAUGCCAGUUAA